GACAAAUGAAAACAACAUUUUGCUUGGUAGGCGUAAAUUAAGUGAAAAUUCUCGCGUAUGUAGCACUUGAACUGCGCCACUAUGUAUCGUAAACUGCUGUACAGUAUAACCAUAGUGAUAAUAUUCCACAUUGCAUCCACACAGAGCCAAUCGUACGAAGAUAAACGGUGCAAAUGCAUCUGUCCGAGCUUCAAGACGGUGGAUAACACCACGCAGGAGGGCACCGACCGGAUGCUGAUCAUCGAUAAUGUUCCACCGAACAAAUGCAACUGCGACGGUGUCAUCCUGCCCCGGCUAGCGAACAAGAUCCCUAACGUAAAGGGGCAGGAGAUCUGUCCGCGGUGUGACUGCAAGUACGAAAACCGUAACACGACCAUCAUAAAGGUCGUUGUAAUCAUUGUGAUAUGGAUCAUUUCGCUGCUCGUUAUCUACAUGCUGUUCCUGAUGUGUUUGGAUCCGCUGCUGAACAAGCGCGUGAAAGCUAACUACCAGGAGCAUACGAAUGAAGAUGACGAUACGGCUGUCACUGUGGGCAAUGGGCAGGAUAUGCAUGUGCGCGAAAACAACGUGCUGAACCGAGUAGGCCACCAGCAGGACAAAUGGAAGCGCCAGGUACGUGAACAGCGGCGUAAUAUCUAUGAUCGGCACACGAUGCUCAACUAACAUAGAACCGGGGACCGGCCAACCGAACGUUAUCAUCACACGAAUGUGCAAUGCUUUUUACCGAUGAUCUGGAAGUUUAUAGGACGGAUUCCAUACUAAAUGUCCGAUAAGCUGUGUAAUAGAACUAUUGUUUUUUGGUAAUUUAUUGUUGUAGCAUGCAUCAGAUCCCUCAUUAAUUGUGACUCAUUGGUUGGAAAUGUUUGGCAUAAUCGAUAGAAGAAUAAAAUCAGACUUUGUAG